UGGUUAAGCCGUCUUAUCGACUUUUCUGGGACAACGCGAAACGAGAGAGAAGAUCGUUCCAUAUAUUUUCAGCUCAGUAGUACUGUCCCGGUUUUUUGUCUCAGAUAUAUGGUAAAUACUUAGGUCAAAGGUCGAAGCAAAAUCCAUAAACUGAGCAAAACAGAGAGUUUGUCCACGAAGAUGGAGGUAUGCUUUUAUCAAGGAUUAAUUUUAUUCAGCUAACGAAGAAGCAAGUUUGACUAGGAUGUGUUUCACGAAAAGUAAUACCAGUAGCUGAAUACAGGAAUAUGAAGGAUUUAUUGCAAAAUAUUUUGGCAUCCUAUCUCCACAGUCCUCUGUCUUAUUCUCUUGGAUUUGUGGUGUUGGGACUCUUUACUCACAGAGUGUUGUCGUGGUUGUUCCCUGCCAGAAAUUCAGAAUCACAAAUCUCAGCUGGGAAUAAUGAAAAUGGGCCCCUUCGUGACAUGGUCUUGCCAUCAAGGUGUUUAAAAUGGAGAGUAUUCAACUUUCGUGGAAAAUGGCACACCAGUGUGUCAGCAAUCGUAGACCCACCUACUUUCCAUGAUUGGAAACCGGUUCUUGUAUUAGCAAAUCGAAAAAGUGGUUCAAAUCAAGGCUCUAAUAUAUUGAAGCAAUGCAGCAUGCUCUUGAACCAAGUUCAAGUGCAUGAUUUAAGCAGCAAACCAGCAGCAGCAACUUUGGAACUAUGUGAAUUGCUUCCACAAACCACGUUUAUUGUGCUUGUAUGCGGUGGAGAUGGCAGUGUAAACUGGGUGUUGACUACAAUAGAUGAGCUAAACUUAACAACACAGCCGCUGGUAUCAGUGUUGCCACUCGGGACAGGUAACGACCUAUCAAACAUGCUGGGGUAUGGAGCUAGUUUUGACGAGUCAGAUACAAUGGAAAAUUUUUUGUCACAGUUACGGCACACGCACCCCAUAAAUAUUGAUCGUUGGAAGAUUAACAUAAGAUACAAAAAAACAUAUUUAGGAUGGGGAAGACAGACAAAGAGCAUAUUUAUGACUAAUUACUUUUCCAUUGGAUGUGAUGCUUUAAUCUCACUAAACUUUCAUAAUCAAAGACAAAAAAAGCCAUCACUUUUCACAAAGCGUAGCUUAAACAAGCUAUUCUAUUUUGGGUAUGGUGCAAUAGAUGUUUUGGAGCAGCACUGUAAAGAUUUGAAUAAAUAUAUUGAGCUAUGGCUUGACGAUGAAAAAGUGGAUUUGCCAGAUUUGGAAGGAAUUUUGUUUCUGAAUAUAUCAUCAUGGGGAGGUGGCUGCCAAAUAUGGGAUAACUGGUCAGAUGGUGAUGUACAGUGGGAUAAAUCCAUUCCUGAUGAUGGAAGAAUAGAAGUUAUGGGUUUGAUUUCAAGUUUUCAUAUGGCACAGAUUCAAGUUAAUUUGGCUGAGCCAGUGCGCUUGGGGCAAGUGAAAAAGGCUUCCAUAAUCAUAAAAACGAGAGUUCCUGCUCAGGCAGAUGGGGAGCCUUGGGAACAGGAUCCGUGUCGUAUAGAUAUAAAUUUUCACAAACAAGCUACUUUGCUCAAGAGGGAAGCUGCUAAAAAUGAUGAAGAAGAUGGUGAAGUGUUACAGCUUGAAACUGGUUGAAUAAAUUCAUUUGUUGAAUACACGAUACAAUCUCACCACAAUACAUCUUCACACAUAAAUUUGUACUGCCAUUGUUUUUAUUUUAUAAACGUACUCUCCAUAUUAUAAAUGUUUUUGUGUUAGUCACUGUGUCUAAUAAAUCAUCGCACAAGUCUCUUA